GGAACGCUGGGUGCGUGGCUUUGUUUCUGUAACUGUACUAUAGCGACGGGAACGAUUUCCCCAGCUCCGCUCGCGAAGAGAGGGCGGGACUAUCGGCCCGCCUCCCGGAAAAAUAAAGACCAUAGAGUUUGUUGCUCAGCCCGGAUUUCCGAUAUGCCGAUUUUGUGUGUCACGUUCAAAUACGUCGUGUAAUAUUUCCCAUUAGGAAAGUGCUACGAAAUGGAGGCUGCUUCUGGAGAGGGUGAAGGCAUCAGCUGUCGGCUGGAGUUUGCUGUCCAGAUGAGCUGCCAGAGUUGUGUGAAGGCCAUUCAGGCAGCUCUGCAAGAAGUACCAGGCAUCCAGCUGCUUGAUGUCAAUCUAGAUUCACAAACCGUGCUGCUAGAGACCAGCCUUCAAACUGAGAAAGUCCAUAGCCUUUUGGAAAGCACUGGACGCACAGCUGUGUUGAAAGGAAUGGGGGGCACUGUGCCACAACCAAUUGACAGUGCAGCAGUAGCUAUGAUAUCUGGCCCUGGAUCAAUACAGGGUGUGGUGAGGUUCUUGCAGGUGUCCCGAGAGAAAUGUCUCAUUGAUGGCACUGUGGAUGGUUUGGAGCCAGGCCCACAUGGCUUGCAUGUUCACGAAUUUGGGGACAUCACCAGUUCCUGUGACAGCUGUGGGGAACACUUCAAUCCUGAUGGGAACUGCCAUGGGGGCCCACAGGACCUGUACAGGCAUGCUGGGGAUCUUGGGAAUAUCCUGGCUGCUGAUGAUGGAAGGGCUUCCUUUCGGAUGGAAAACAACCAAUUGAAGGUCUAUGAUAUCAUUGGGCGCUCCUUGGUGGUAGACUCAGGAGAGGAUGACUUGGGCCGUGGAAGCCACCCACUCUCAAAAGUCACAGGCAAUUCAGGCGAGCGAGUGGCCUGUGGAAUCAUUGCUCGCUCUGCUGGCCUCUUCCAGAACCCCAAGAAAGUAUGUACCUGUGAUGGAGUGACGCUGUGGGAAGAACGGAAACAGCCAGGCAGGAAGGCGGCCAGCCAGCCAACCCCUCAUCUUUAGGAUAUCUGGUCGAGCUUGCACCAUCUCCACUGCAGAUUGUCUGUCUGUUUGGCAUAAGACUCUUUGGGGCAUUGCAGGAGUUGGCUUGUGGCUGGUUGCCACAAUACCAGUCAGGCCUAAACAGAGAUCUUGGCCAUGGCAUAGGUGGAGUGAGCAUAUUUUUAAUAGGCCAGCUUCCUUCAUGAGUGAAGGUGAUUGGGCAGCAUCUCAGUGUAUGGCCCUGUGAACUAUACUCUGUCUAGAAACAUUCCAAUGAAAGCAUUUGCCCUCUGGAUGGAGGCUUCUGUGCCCAUAUUGUGUUGGUCUUGCCCUGCUUGAGAAUACUUCUUUCUUUAUGCCAAUAAAGGUAUUGACUGACUGACACUUCUUCUCUUUUCCCACUCUUGUUGCACUCUUAGGUGCAGCUACAUGGAAGCACAGUAAAGGCAGUAGCUUAGCCUGUUGAAUAACUGCUGGUCAUGCAAUCUUAAAUGCUUUGUAGCCCAGCUGGGGAGGAGGUGGCAUCUUGGAAAGGCACAACCAACUCAUGUUGUGAAGGAAUAUCCCAUUACCUUAAUCUUUCCUUGAAGUAGGAAAAUGUGUGGAUGGUGGCUAUGCCACUUUUUAUGGGAAAUUGUUGCUAUCCUUUGAUGUCCCUGGUUGUUGAUACAUGAGUUAAGUGCUUGCUAGUGCUGUCAUGGGUGUGUUUAAUGUUAAUUGCCAAGUAUUGUUUUUUAAAAAGUGCCUUGCACAGUUUCCUUUUUGAAACACUGUCUUCCGUGUUGUGAAAGGAUGGUAGGAUGUUGAGGCAUGUGUUCUUUGAGAGCACCCUCGAUGAUCCUGCAUACAAAGCUACCUUUAUAAACACAGAUGACUCUUUUGGCCACAUACUUGCAAUCUGAAAAGCUAAACCAAUGACCUUUCUCCCACUGUCAGCACGUACUGAUAAACAAAAUGGGGAAUCAUCAUCUAAGACAGAAAUUAUGAAUGACAGCAAUGCAGUGGGUCAUUUAUUCUGGAUUGAUGAAUACAAAAUUUGUGUAAUUGUCUUGGAACUGUGGGGGGAUUACUGAGGAAGGGAUUCUUUCUCUUGCUUUGUAUGUUGGACGGAUGAAAUGUCAGAGAAUUUUCAGAUGAGCAUACUCUAGGCCUGUUCCUUGUGAUCUAAAAUCAACCAUUAAAUUUUGCAUUCUUACACUCUA